ACGACGGUGAACCUGGUAUUGAUAUGAACGGUGAAGGGGAUGGAACUUAUUACGAUCCUGGUGUGGGUAUUGGAGCAUGCGGUUGGCAAAAUUAUGACCAUGAAUUUGUUGCAGCAUUAAAUGCACCACAAUAUGGUAAAUUUGCAAAUCCUGCAGAUUCGCCAAUAUGCGGUAAAUGUAUAAAGGUUACGGGUCCAAAAGGUUCUGUUAACGUAAAAUUAGUUGACAAGUGUCCAAUAUGUAAACAUGGUGAUAUUGAUAUGACGUCAAAAGCAUUUGAGAAAAUUGCUGAUAUAGAUGAUGGUAGAGUCAAAAUUACUUGGGAGGCAUGCUAA